AGAUCAAAAUUAAGACAGGUGACGGACGUGUCAGGAGCCUGUAGAUGUUUUGGUUGACGGUGUUAUAGUAUCAAGCUGUUCUGUCCAUCGUGUUAAAAUAAGAUACGGAAAGGAGGGAACUGAGGAAGUGGCGUUGGCUGACAUGCUAGCGCAGAGCCAUAAAGUGGAGGUACUUACUGUAAAUCUGCAUUGAUGGGGCGGUGAGUAAAAGGUGUGUCAGACUGUAAGAUGAACAAGAGUUGGAAGUUGUGGUCUUCCGUUGAACCAGACUGCUAAUGAACAUGGCUAAGGAAUGUCUGGAUUCACCCCCUUGUGACUUGUCUAUUCCCGAGAUCCCAAUAUGGCUGCAAUCCCACACCAUUAAGAAGCAUCUCACAUCAUAUGCUGCAGUCAGUAAUCUUAAAAAGUACCGGCGUGCAGCACACGUGUGCCUCUGGGCACGACAGGAGGGUUGGUCACAAUUUGGCAAGCUGCGGGGAGCUGUCAUGAUGCAGCUGAGAUUUGAUGGGACCUUUGGCUUCCCUGGUGGUCUGAUAAGUGAAGGAGAGGAUGUGGUGGAAGGCCUCAACCGUGAGCUUAUGGAGGAGAUUGCCUGGAAUCCGGCAGUUGUCCCUGUCACCUGGAGUGACUACUACAGUACACAGGUGGAUUCUGCCCAUAAUUUGGUGCUGCAUUUCUUCAUCAAGCAGUUGACACUUGGGCAGUUCUGUGACCUUGAGAAAGCUUGUCCACAGUGCCAUGAAUAUGGCAUGGAGGUAAUGGGCAGUGUGCGUGUGCCUCUUUACACCAUGGCCAACAUGUACAGUGGGUUACCAGCCUUCCUCAACAACAAGUUCACAAGCAUUGCCAAGGAACAACUGCUGCUUUCCCUUUACCACACCAAGCUGCUCUCAGAAGAGGAGGUCAAGCUAGCAAUACUUCGGAGCCAAGCUGAGGAACACAGACGCACUCUGCAUAAAUGAUGGCUAUUGAUAGUGGUCUACAGGGCAGCGGCCUCAGAGGACUACUAGGAAACACCUUAAGGUGAUGAUGACCACAGAAAUCCCAGAUAACAGGGAUUUAUGCCAUGCUUUUAUCAGCAACAACUGAUACCCAAUGGGUGGUUGGGCUAAAAAGUCUCAGUGUCUAAAACAAAUGAACAGUUUUUCACAUCGGCUAUCACCUCACACCAGAGCUACUCAUAUCCAGUCCAGCUUUAGUAGGGUGCCAAAGUUUUUUUUUAUCAAGAGGCCUAAGAGGUGCUCUGGCAACCUAGCUAUUUUUGUGAAGUGGGGACAUAAUGAGGACAGACCGUGUACUCCAGGCAAGACUACCUUGCCAUCCAGACAAUUCUGAGUGGUCCCAAUAAUCAGACUCAUCUGCAUUCCAGCCAAGCUUGAUGCCAGUAACCACUCAUCUACAGAGUAUCAUCACUUGUAAGAAACCUGUUCAUGUGGUGAAUAGGUGAAAUAAACAAGGGUGGGCUUUCCCAUGUGAUGCACUUCCAUUGUGUGGAUGCAUCUCAUGGUGGGCUGAGGAAUCUGUUCUCUCUUGUAGGGCUGAGAGUUUCAGUUUGAAAAGUCUCUUUUCAUAUGAUGACCUCACUCAAGCUUCAGUCAAUCUUGAUUAUUACUCAUUGAAUUCAGUUUUUGGCUGAAUCUUCGUACA